AUGUUUAGAAGCACUGCUAGAAGAGCCCUCCACAUUUCUCGCCCACUGUUCAUUGCAAAGCCAAAGGCAGACAGUGUUCCGAUCGACAAGACAGCAGCUCCACAAGGUUACCUACAGGGGAAACCAGUGAAAAAUUACUAUGUUGACGAGGAGACCAACGAAAUUGUCAUCAAAGUGCAGCCUCUCAAGAGAGAGGGUGAAUCCUUGGAGACGAUGAGGAAGAGGUUGACGUAUCAGAGUCGGAAAAGGGGUAUUCUUGAGACUGAUUUACUCAUGUCUAGGUUUGCAAAGAAAUAUUUGUCAUCCUUUGACAGGGGAAUGUUGGAAGAAUACGACAAGUUAUUGGAUGAGCUAGACUGGGACAUCUACUACUGGGCCACUGAGAACUACAAAAUCACGCCGCUUCCAGAUAAAUGGAAAGAUUCCAAGGUUUUGAAACUGAUCCAGCAAGAAUCCCGAAACGAGAAGAAGGAGAUACUUAGAAUGCCGAGCUUGAACUAA